AUGUAUAUUGCAGGUCCAGUUGAUGAAUGUGUUGCAAAAGUGACAGGAUUUUCCUGGAUAUUAGAAAGCAUAACAGUUUGGAUAUCCUUGAUUUCCGUAGAUAACAUCUGCCAACAAAGAUUAAGCGCAAGAAGAUGUACCAACACCAAACCCAUGUUCUUUCGCUCCUUGAUGAUCACAGGAUUCGAAUUGAAUUGGUCGCCGGUUUUGUACUGA